AUGUGGAUCUCUGCUAUCCCAAGAGCAACGCAACUAAUUCAACGGAGGAACAAAGCAAGGGCACAACUACAAGCCGUCCUCACACCGAUUGAAGAGCUAAUCACGCAGUACCCCGAUGCCAAUGACAAAAACGCCGCGUACCGGGAAAUACUCGCACGGAAAUUAGCUGUCGACAACCGGCUAUCAGCGCUAGUCAACGCGGACCAACAAGUCAUCGAUCAUUACGAUGAAGACCACGCCGAAUUUACCGAGACUGAGUCAUAUGAAGUCGAAAUACUCGCCCGCUUCGCUCGACUUUCGAUGUUUGUCGAAGAAUUCCAGACUAUUCGAUUUCAACAACCAGUCAUCCAACAAGCAUCCCUCGAUCACAACAUGGCCGCCCUACAACCGGAUCAACAAACCCACUACAAGUCAGUUCGUCUUCCGCAUUUAGAAAUGCCCACUUUUCACGGCGAUCUACUCACUUGGGCCGAAUUCAUUGACAAUUUCAAAGCCGCUGUCCACAACGACCCUCGUAUAUCCGAUAUCCAAAAAUUCACGUACCUCAGAAACUACGUAGAUGGUGAAGCCAAACGAUAG